AUGCGACUAGAAGAAGGAGCUACAGCUGAAGUUUCCUCAUCUUUUGUGAUUCUGUCUAUAUGUACUCUAGUAGUACUGGUAAUACUGCUUGCAAACUGUGUUUCCUGCUGUAAAGACCCUGAGAUAGAUUUCAAGGAAUUUGAAGAUAACUUUGAUGAUGAAAUAGAUUUUACACCUCCAGCAGAAGAUACUCCAUCUAUUCAGUCUCCAGCAGAAGUGUUUACUCUUUCAGUUCCCAAUAUUGCUUUACCAACUCCCUCCCAGUUUCCAUCUCGUACAGAUGGAUCAAAGUCUCAAGUUGCACGUCAGAGUCUAAACUACAUCCAGGAAAUUGGAAAUGGUUGGUUUGGAAAGGUUCUACUUGGAGAGAUCUACAGAGGCAGUAGUGUAGCAAGGGUAAUAGUGAAGGAGUUGAAGGCAAGUGCAGGUCCCAGGGAGCAAGAACAGUUUUUAAGAAAUGGAGAACCAUAUUACAUUCUUCAGCAUCCAAAUGUUCUCCAGUGUAUUGGGCAAUGUGUGGAAGCCAUUCCUUAUCUCCUAGUUUUUGAGUUCUGUGACUUGGGUGACCUAAAAACUUAUAUCUGCAAUGAGCAGGAACAUAUUAAAGGAGAUUCACAAAUAAUGCUGCUACAGAGAAUGGCGUGCGAGAUUGCUGCUGGACUUGCUGUAAUGCAUAAACAUAAUUUUGUGCAUAGUGACUUGGCCUUACGGAACUGCUUUCUUACAUCUGAUUUAAAUGUCAAAGUAGGAGAUUAUGGUAUAGGAUUCAGUAGGUAUAAGGAAGAUUAUAUUGAGACAGAUGAGAAGAAGCUUGUUCCUCUCCGAUGGACUGCACCUGAGUUAGUAACAAGUUUUCAAGACAGACUGUUAUCAGCAGAGCAAAAUAAAUACAGUAACAUAUGGUCCUUGGGUGUAACGUUAUGGGAGCUGUUUGAGAAUGCUGCUCAGCCUUACUCAGACUUUUCUGACAGGGAAGUCCUAACUCAUGUCAUAAAGGAGAAGCAGGUUAAACUCUUCAAGCCACGUCUGGAGCAGCCAUACUCUGAUAGAUGGUAUGAAGUUCUGCAGUUCUGUUGGCUACCUCCAGAAAAGAGACCAACAGCAGAAGAAGUACAUAGACUUUUAACUUACCUUCGCAUGCAAAGCCAAAGGGACUCGGAGAUUGAUUUUGAACAGCAGUGGAAUGCUCUUAAACCAAACACCUCAAAUAGAGAAACAAAUAGUUCUGCAUUUCCAAUCUUAGAUCACUUCACAGGAGAUCGACUUGGCCAUGAGAUGGAGGAAGUUCUUACUGUAACCGAAACAAGCCAGGGUCUCAGCUUUGAAUAUAUCUGGGAGGCAGCUAAACAUGAUCAUUUUGAUGAAUGUGGUCAUGUGAAUCCUGAUGAAGCAAUGACAUACACAAGUAUUUUCUUUCCAGUGGAGGUUUUUGAGAGGUCACUUUCAGAGCAAGGGUCAGGAGCACAGGAUGGAAGUGGCCAAGAAGCAUCACUUGCUGUCCCUGGGGUGUUACCUGUGUUUGACGCACACAAGCUUUCUGUUGGAAAUGACUACUAUAUCCAGUUAGAGGAAAAAGGAAGUGGCUGCAGCAUGAAUUUUGAUAACCAAUCAGUUGUACUAACUACAGAAGUUGAUCAUCAAGAAGCUGUACAAGAAAAAAAUUCUCAUUUCAUGGUUCUCAGGGAUCUUGAUACUGAAGAAUCUAGCACUGAUGGGGACUUCUUCCACUACAAUACAGAUCCUAAAGAGGAAUUUUUGCCUGCUGCUAGUAGUCCAGAAAGUCCUUUCCAGAAUAUAUUUAAUGACAUUGACAGAUCAGAAGAACUGACAAACAGAAAAAUACUUGGUUUUGCUGAAACAAAUGAUAUUCCUAAAGACUUUAAACCAGCUGUUUUGAACUCAAACACAGAUGCUAGAAAGGCAGUAGGCCUUUCUGCGAAGGAGCAUUCUAGUCAUGCUUCUGAAAAUGAAACUGUUUCCUUGUGUGAAAAUAUCUCUAACCAGUCUGACUUGGUAACUUUAGAAGAACUUUCUGAUAACCUCUUAUUUCUUCAAGAGAAAAACUUACUAACAGGGUUGUUGUCUAACAAAACCAGCAGUGAUUUUGGGCAAAAACCAGAAGAUGUUCUAAAAAGUAUAUUAGAAACCUCAAAUAGAAACUCUGUAGAGCCUGAGCCUGUGCUGGCUGAAAAUGCACAGGUCUUUUCUUCAAUACAUGAAAGUCUUAGAACAGUGAAAGAUGAAAAUUUUAACCCAGUGACAAUGAAUAAAGAUCCAAAUUCUCAGUCUGAUGCUACUGUAGAGAUGCAGGCAUCUUCUAGUCCACCUACAGCACAUAAGUCAUGUGAUAAACAUGCAAAUCCUCCUUAUUUGAAGGAUGAGGAAAAACUUUCAAAUGUGGAAGUCAACGAAGUUGUGCCCUGUAGCAUUGAUAUUCUCUGUCAAGAAAAGCUAUCCAAUAAUGCCAAAAAUAAUAAUGUUGGAAACAAUCCUUGUUACGGUGUUGCUGUUGAAACAGAUGGGUGUGAUGCACAAACAAAACAGGGAAUGCUUUUCAAGUCUGAUGAAAUAGCUUUUAAUAGAGAGGAAUGUAGUGAUCCGGAAGAUAGGAAAAGAAACUUGCAAGAGAAGUCUCCUAUAUUAAAAAAAGUUGAAUGUUUAUUGGAGGAAAGACAAGAAACAUCAAAUCAUUUUGAGAACUGUAAGGAUGUUCCAGAAGAGGUGACCUUCAUUUCUGUUGCUACUUCAGAUUGCGCAAGUCAGGAUAGUCUUUUGGAAGACAGCCCAUCUCCUAUACAAACUGUAGAACAAGCCUUAGAGACACCUGAUUCUUUAGAUUCUUUAGAUGUAAAUGAGGUUUUAGAAUCUUUACAGGCUCAAAGUCCUCAGAAACUUUUGCCACCUGAUAAACCUGCUGACAGUGGCUAUGAAACGGAGAACCUGGAAUCUCCAGAAUGGACUUCCCAUAUCACUGUUGAGGAUGCCUCUAGUGUAGAUACUGCUCUCUGUGUUGUCAGUGAGAGCAACAUCAGUGCUUUACCUUCUAAUCCAAUCAUAAUUGUUUCAGAAGCAGCAGCUUGUUUAGAUGCAGUGAACAGCAAUUUUGAAACAACCCCAAAGGUUUUUCUGGGUGGAAAUCAGAACUCGUAUAGAGACUCUGCCUAUUUCUCUGAUAAUGAUUCUGAGCCAGAUAAAAAACCAGAAGAGACUGUAAAUCUGUCAAGAGAGACUAUGUGUGUUGUUUCUUCAGAUAGAGGAGAGAAUAAUACUGAAGAGGAUUACAGUUUUGAAGAGAGACAGCAAAAGUGUGAUGUAAGGAAUUACCAGGAUACCAAUAAUCAAAAUGCAAAACUAGAAAUAAAUCACAACUUAGAGAUCCAAGAGAUGGAUGUAAGGAUGCAGGGGUGUCCUGAUGAGUGGGCUGAGGCAACUCUGAAUUCCCUGGAAAUAUCGAUGGAAAGUAACCUAAGGGAUAAAAUAAAACUGUGUGAGACUUCCCAUAAAACUGUCUCUUGUGUUGGCACUAAUACUUCAGAACUUCUUUCACACAGGGACUUAAACUCUGUGCAUAACAUACACAGUUCUUUAGAUUUGAGUAACAAUGAGAAGUCCUUCUAUCAUGUUGAAGGACAAAAACUGAAAGAGCCAGAUAUUGAAGGAAAAUACCUCGGCAAACUCGAUGUUUCUGGAAUGCUUGAUUUAGAAGAUGGUGAUGAUGCAGAUGAGGAGGAUGAAAACAGUGAUUCUGAGGAUGACAUGAGGACUUUUCAUAUGCAUAGUCUGAGUUCUGACAGUGAAGAUGAAACUGUUCAUCAAGUACCUGAGAUACUUACUGACAAGGAUGAGGGAAAACAUCUGAGAAGCUUGUUGAAACUUCCAAAACCUCUUAAUGAAAGGCAACAUGAGAAUUGGAAAAAUGACAAAAAGGCUGUAACGUUCUUUGACGAUGUGACGGUCUAUUUGUUUGAUCAGGAAAUGCCAACUAAGGAGCUGGGAAACCGUGCAGCAGACUUGAAUGGGGAAGGGUCUCGCAGCACUCCUGUUCCAUCUUCGAGUUUUAGUUACUUAAACAGAUUUGCAAAUUCAGAAAGCUCAACAGAUGAAGAAGGUGGGGGUUUUGAAUGGGAUGAUGACUUCUCUUCUCCAGAGCCAUCCUUUAUAUCAAAGGCAGCUAAUAGUCUUAUUAGUUCUAAACCACCUCUUCAGUCAUCAAAGUACUUCUCUCCACCUCCACCUUCUCGGACUCUGGAUCAAAACUGGUCACAUUCAUCCCCUUAUUCCAGAUUCUCUAUCUCUCCUGCAAACAUGGCAAGCUUUUCUCUUACACAUCUUACAGAUUCAGAUAUAGAGCAAGGAGGAAGCAGUGAAGAUGGAGAAAAAGAUUAAAUGAAUUAAAACUUCCUUGGACUACAUACAUAAAACACACAGACUUUGUGUCUGAAACUUCUUUAUCUAAACUCUGGAUCCUGCUGGAGUAACACAGGUAAUCAAGAAGUACUAAGAAUUGAAAGUAAACACUGAAAGCAAUGUUAAAUCAGGACAUUAAUUUGAAUGUGUAUUUAACUUUGUAAUGUAUUUUUAAAUCAGUGCAAUUUUGCUUUUCAUUGAAAGAUGAUUCUGCCGCUGUUUUCAAGUACUUGAAGUAUUUUUCAGAUAAAUUAAGAAACACGUAAAGCAAUUACACUACAGUCUGGUUUAUGUAUGAGAUUGUAUAAUAUUCUUUUUAUAUUUUUCCAUGUAGUUCAUUAUCUAUUUGAACAUACACCUGUUGUAGAAUUGUGUAUAACUGUCCUGUGCAACAGGUGGCUGUGUUGCUGAAACUGUAUGAAUGAUAGUUGAUCAGUAGUGAGCCAUAUUUAUUCAAAAAGAUAUCACUACAUAUUACUUUGCGUAUUACAAUUGCACUAUGGAUUGUUAUUCCUUUAUUUCCUGAUGAUGUACAGAAUCAAAAUCUUAAAUCUUUCAAGGAAAAUAAGACAAGUUGAAUUGGCCUAGUUAUCCAGUUUAAUUUGUCUUUUUUGUAGCCUUUGCUAUGCACGGUACUUGUAAAACAUACAUAACUUCUGAGUGUUAUGUUAGACUUGCUGAAAUCUUAUAUUCAGUACCAUUUCUAAAUGAUAAUGAUUAUAGAUUGAUUGUUAGUGUUCAUGUUUUAUAGGAAACUGGAAAAGAAUAUAUGAUAUGCUCUGGAAUUUUUAGAUGAAAAGAGAUAAUGUCUCUUAAUUCCUGAAUAUGAUCCUACUGACUGCUCUAAACUGUAAUAGCAUCUGACUAUAUCAUAAUUAAGGGCCUUCCAGUUUUUACUACAAUUUCUGCCUUGGAGAGAGAAGAGGAAAAAUUGGCUGUACAAAACCGUGGAAUUUAUGAAUCUUCUAAAAAGACUAAUUUCAAUAGACUGGAUUUGGGCACACUUGGCCCUUCAGUUGUACAUUCUGUAAAUUUUGAAGCUCACUCUUCUGCUGACUGCAGACUGGGGCUGCUGUUCAGAGGCCUGUGGUAAAUCUACCUCUCAGUGAUGUUAUGACAAUUAAGAAUUAGAUUAAUGGUUAAUACCCAAUUUUGCACCCUUUAUAAGGCCAGACCUAUUUUAAGAUGUCUGCAAGGCUCCAUGGUACAUCUUGAAAUGCAUACUGACCAAAAGAUGCAGUAUAGUAAAGUUUGCUCUGAAGCUGUCUGUAGGGAAGGGAGUGUAAUGUGGUUGGGUGUUUUUGUUUUUGUUUU